UGGGGACAAUGCGGAAAAGACAACAGGUAUGCCAAGUUCACUGUCACUGCCCUACAUAUCCAACCGACCUACAUACUAUACAUACGGCGGUUAGAGAGGGGAAGAGAGACGGGCAUCUCGCUGUGCAAGUUCACGCAAGCGUGCCUGUCAUUAAUAAGUCGGGGGAAGGAAGAACUGAUUGUCACGUGUCCCCCAUUCGCACGUGUUUACUUGUGUGACGUCACGGCUCCUUGACCACGAAGACCGAUGACGCGACCAAGAUGGCGGCUAGUGGGUACAUGGAGGAUAAGAACAGUGGAGAGAAUAUGGACGAUAUGUUGGACUCUUCUAACUACGAUUAUUUAGAGAUUGUUCAUAAGAAUGGUCUUUUUAAUCAUACGUAUCCCUAUUCAAACAGUACAACGUUUAGUUGCAGUCAAAAUGGUACAACUAUAGUGAAAUGUUUGGAACGACUGAGCGGUUUAAACAAAGUUGAAACGUCUUCGAUAAAUGGUUUAGAUAUAUUGAAGAAUGGUAUGAAGACAUUUUCACGUCACGAUGGCAGAAAUAAUCAUGUUUUUCGACACGAAAGACGUACGACUCGUUUGGAUAGAGUCGGGAGUACUGACAGUGUUGCCGUGAGCAGUGGUGGCAGCGACCACGGUGGUAGCGAUUCAUGUCAGUCGACAAGCAGCAACGUGUCCGAACCCUGUUCUCCCGAGACAGAAAGCCCAGAUUCUCCGUGUCCAGGCACCCCCCAGCCGAUGCCACCCAUCCCACCGUCUCUGGCAGAUAACUGCCGAGCAGACAGUGACGAUAGCAUCACUCUCUCGGGGACACUGGUGGCUCUGACGAAGAACGAGUACCCAACAAGUGGACAAUAUAGUUUGUCUCAGGGACAUGACAAUGCGACAGACACAGUAUGUGAUAAUAAGAAGAAUUUUUUCUAUGACUGCAUUUACAACGACAAGAGUUUAUGUGAUGACAAUGCACGCUUAGGAUCAAAAUCGGAGAGUGAAGUGAACGAGGAAUAUUACACUGCCAUUGGUGACAGUUCGGAAUGUGAGGUGAAGCCGAAUUGUCACGUGGGGGAUGGACUGGAGAAAGAAAACACCUCAUCAUCCUCAUCAUCAUCAUCAUCAUCCUCAUCGAAUCAGUCGUCAACUGCCAGUCCCGAGAUACAGACAAAUACCGACGAUAGUCACACUGUUACUUGUAAAUGGUUCAACUGUGAGCAGAAAAUGGUGUGCAGCGGUCAGCUGGUGGAACAUAUCCGUAAAUAUCACGUGGAAAGACAGAGUGAUAGUGAAACGUUCACCUGUUUAUGGGUCGGUUGCAAGGUUUAUAAUCGCCCAUCAUGUUCAUUAAGUUGGUUAGAACGACAUAUAUUGUGUCAUGGAGGAAAUAAACCUUUCAAAUGUAUUGUGGAAAGGUGUGAUCAACGUUUCACAUCUCAAAGUGCUUUAGAAAGGCAUGUAAAUUCACAUUUUAAUAGUGCAUCUGCUCCAAAUGGAAACAAAGUGGGGCGAAGUAAAGAUGACACACCUACUAAGUUAAUAAAGAAGAAAAAGCUUAGGUAUCGUCGCAAGUGUAUGGCAGUUAAAACAGAAGAUUUUUUUGAUGCCAGAAUUAUGGAGCAUGUUCGACAUGGUUUAUUAGAAUUGAACUCCGUAACUGGACUUGAUACUGAAGGAAUACCUGGGACCAUAACUUUCUAUAGCACUGUUAUAGCAAGAAGAAUGGAAGGAGGUGGGAAAGUGAAAGUCCUUUUACAUUGGUCACCAGAGAAUAUAAGCUGCCAAUAGGAUGAUGAUGCAGAUCUUAAUUAAGAAUUAUGACUUGAAUGAAGGAGAGUUGAAGAUUGUGAGAUAUUUAAUUUAAUAUUUUGUAUAUAAAUAAUAAUUUUGUAUAUUAUAUUACAUAGAUCAUAUUUAGAAUUGAAAGAGAAAUUGUAUCUGCAAAAAUGAGGCUUACCUAUCACUGAUAUAAUUAUUUGUAAGGUUAUUGAUGUGCAUUCUAUAUUCUAAUAAUGACAAUAUCAAUAAAUCAAAUUUUUCAUUAUGUAUACAAGCAUUAUAAUAUGUAAACAAAUGAAAAAAAAUUUAAAAAAAUUUUUAAACAUUUUAAUUAUUUGACAACUAAAAAGAAUUUGAAAUCCUAGCAAAUAAAAAAUUUUAAUAUCAUAAUAAAGUAUUACAUCAAAAUUCUUCAAAUUAGAAAGUUUUGAAAAAUAAAAAGUACAGAAAUGAGAUUAAAUUAUGUAUCUUUACUUGUACUUUUAUUAGAGAAUCGUUAAAAUUUUAUUACUGUAUUUCAUUGAUUCUAAAACACUUUUUCUAAUUCAUUUUUACUUAUCCGAAAUAGAAAUGUAUUUUAUGUUUACUGUUCAUCAUUCAUCACAUGUAGACCAUAUGGUAUCUAUUGUCAUGGUAUUGUUAAUAGAUUUUUUUGCCAGCAUGCUCAACAAUCAGUUCAGAUAAAAUGCUUUCAAUGUUAAAAAUGCUUUCAAGAUGACAUUAUGUUGUAUAGCAUGAGAAGAAAAGUUAUUGUAAGUACAGAUGAGCUUAGAAUACAGCUGCCAAACAUUACUUAUUUCAUAACUUAUUUAAAUUUUUAAAAUUUGUAUUAUUUGUUAUUACUUAACAAAGCUUAAUGAAAUUGAUUAUUUAAAAAUUUUCCUUCCAUAAAAAAUUAAAAUUUGAUUUUAAACUUUUAGUGUAUUUUAUAAUCAAAGAAAUUCAGUAUAUUUCACUUUGAAGAUGAAGUCUUUAUAGCAGGAAAAUUAAUACUUUGAUGAAGCAUUACUUUUGUUUGGAAUUGUUGUAAUAUCUUUAUUUUAUAUUAUAAUAAUUUAUAUUUGUUCUUUGUAUGAUUUGGAAUUCCUGACACUGAAGUUAAAGAGCAUUGAAUUGAAACAAAAACUUAAAUUUUUCAUUUGUUUAUCAUUGACAUAUCUACUCAGGGUACAAAACAUCAAAUUACCUUUAUACCAUCUGAAAGCAUUCAUUCAAUAUUAUACAUUAUUACUACAAUAGCAAAUGUGAGUCAAUGAACUUCAUAAAUAACUGCUGUUACUCUUAAAAAUUAGAUAUGGUUUAUUAGAAUAUAUUGUGUGUGUUGUUUGUAUUUGAGGUUCCAAAACUAUGUUACAUGGAUAUAAUGUUACACUGUGGAACUUGAAUACAAAUGUUUAGUAUUUAGAGUCUAAAGAAGCUAGCAGAAGGAUUGAGUAAAAAUGUUUGUAAUUGUAUUCUAAUAAACUAUGUUUAUUUUUAGCAAUGUAGCAUUAUUAUUUGUAAAGUUUACUGAUUUAGUUAAAUUCAAUGUGUUUCCAGUAAUAUGCAUCUAUCAAAAAUGGCAUAUCUCUCUUAUUUUAUUUUGUUUUUUAAGUUAAUGCCAAAAUGCACUUAUUUAAAUUUUGUAAAACUUAUAUGUUCAGUUUUUAGGUGGCUUAAAAACAACAUUUAAUGAAAUAAAAUAUAAAGUGAUAAUUAUUUAAUUAAUUAUCAAUUUAUUAAAAGUAAAAAGAGAAGAGAGAGUUUUUUUUCUUUUUAUAAAAUCUUUAAAGGAUAACUUUUAUAUUAUUAAUAAAAAAAAUACGACCAAUUUUGACAAUUUGUUUUACUCUCAUUCGUUCUCAUCUGUAAAAAACACAUUGCAACAGUAUUACUCUCCUUUUAGGCUAAUUGUCUAUCAAACAUUAAUAAAAAUUGUCUUUAAAAGGAAUGAAAAGAUGUAUUUAAAAAAUUUUUAAAACGUUAAGAUAUGAUCAAUAAGUUAAAAGAAUUUUUUUUUUAAAUAAAUGAAAGCACUUACAACCAUUUAGGAUUGGUCUCAUUGAGAUAUAAUACACUUUUCCUAGCAUUUUUGGAAUGGCCUUCAGUUGCAUUUUAUUUAAUGACUUCCAUAUCUUUAAAAGUUUUCUCUGCAACACAGUUUGUAGUUUUGAUAAAAUGAAAAAGUCAGUGGAAGCUAAAUCUGGUAAAUACAGAGGAUGAUAACCUGUAAUAUUUGGCUAAAUAUUGGUUCAUAGACAGUGCCUUGUGACAUGGCAUGCAUCAUGUUGAAGGAAUCAUGACUUAGAUUGCCAUUUUUAUGACCUCUUCCAUCAUACCUUGUCAUGUAAUCAUUGAAUUACUGCUUUGUAGUAAUGUUGAUUGAUAGCUCAUACUUUUUGAAUGUGAUACUGGCACCACAAAUGGUCUCCCUUCUUGCCAACUUUCUGCUAUUGUAUGCAUGCCACCAAUAUGACAUCUAGUAUACAAACACCUUAAUGUCCAAACUAUUGUUAGAGUGAAACAUUUACUCACUUUUCAUUUUUGUAAAAAAUAAUAAUAAUAAUUCUUGGACCUUAUGAAUAUACCUUGUACAUUUUUUAACAAAGGAAUGAAGGAAAACAUUUCUUUUGUGUUUGUCCUAAUGUCUUAGGAACACAGUAUCUCAAACUUUUCAUCUAAUUACAAAGUACUGUUAAUAUGCAAAUUUCCAAGCUAUCUCUUAUAGCAAUGAAGUUUACAAGAAUUUGUAUGAUAAAAUCUUCAAAGGAUAACUUUUAUUGUAUUAGAAAAUUUUUCAAAUUUUGAUGCUCUUGCUUAUAGAAAUACAACAUUAAUGCCAGCAUUUCUCUAUAAUUUAUAAUAAUUAGAAUUUACAACAAAUUUUUCUAAUAGAAUAUCAGUAUAACCUUUUUGUAGUUAAAUGUCUACUUUUCUAUUUUUAGAACAACUUAUAAUUCAUUAUUUAUUACUGUGAUGUAAAUAUUCAAAAUAUAUAAUUACACAAUAAUAUAAACAUUGACUGUAAGACAUUCUUUAUUCAUGCACCAUAAAAUUGUCAUUGGUCCAGAAUUUAAUCAGUAUCUGAGUCAGUGUUUUCAGAUAGUUGAAUAAAAAGUAAAAGGAAAAACUUCUUAAUAGAAUGAAAAUUUGUGUGUCUUAUCAGAUAAAUGAUUGAUUUUAGUUAUCUGUUAUGAUUAUAUCAUUUCUUAGAUAUCUUUAACAAUUAUUUUCUAUUUUGCAUAUAGUUCGUUCCAGUAUUUUAAGUAUAAAAGCUCUGAUUGUUUAUGAAAACUUAACUUGAAAAAAUUUUUGGAAAUUUUUUUACAAUUCUAAAAUAAGUUUUUAUUUCUAAUUUUAUAUAACUGGAUUUGUUUCUUCAUUAAAAAAUUAUAAUUUAUUAAAGAAAGAAGUUUUGCUUUUAAGAAAACAACAUCUUUAGUAUAUUCUAUUGGUUUGUAGCUCCUUAUAUAGAAUCUAGAAUAUUCUAGAUUCUAUAUAAAUAUCUAUAAAUCAGAAUAUUAGAGAUAGAUUAAAAUAUUUGAAAUUUAUUUUUAUUCUUUGUGCAAAUCACAUUUCAUACUGUAGUUGGUGGAAUUUUCUCUCAUUUUUUAAAUGUGUUAAUUUUCAUCCUUGUGAAGAUAGAGGAAGAUUAUAUUAUCUUUUGGUGAAUUAUGGUGAAUUGCUUAGUUCAGUAUUUCUCACCAUUUUUAAGCCCAAGGAUCAAUAAAUUUAAAAAAAUUCUACAGACCAUUAAGUUAUGUAGGUCUAAUUUCAAAUAAGGAGGUGUUAAAGAACUUUCUUUAAUGCCUUCUUAUUUGAAGUUUUUAAUUGAGUUAAUACAACUGUUGGUGUGACGUCCAAGCUAAGUGUUUAGGUAUAAUUUUUUUUAAACUUUUGUGGAUAUUGCCAAUGUUUGGGACCUACUGUGUUAUUUAUAAACACAAUAAAUCUA